CCGGUAGAAGCCACUUCCGCCUCCAGCCUCCUCUGCUGCUACCGGGAAAUGACGGCAACGUUGCGUCCAUAUCUCAAUGCUGUGCGUGCCACGCUGCAGGCCGCUCUCUGCCUGGAGAACUUCUCCUCGCAAGUGGUGGAAAGACACAACAAGCCAGAGGUUGAAGUCAGAAGCAGUAAAGAGCUGCUCCUUCAACCUGUGAUCAUCAGCCGCAACGACAAGGAGAAGGUUCUGAUUGAGGGCUCCAUCAACUCUGUCAGAGUCAGCAUUGCUGUGAAGCAGGCAGAUGAGAUUGAGAAGAUUCUGUGCCAUAAGUUCAUGCGUUUCAUGAUGAUGAGAGCGGAGAACUUCUUCAUUCUACGGAGAAAACCAGUGGAGGGCUACGACAUCAGUUUCCUCAUCACCAACUUCCACACAGAGCAGAUGUAUAAACAUAAACUAGUGGAUUUUGUCAUUCAUUUUAUGGAAGAAAUUGACAAAGAAAUCAGCGAAAUGAAGCUGUCUGUCAAUGCCAGGGCUCGUAUUGUUGCUGAGGAGUUCCUCAAAAACUUCUGAGAGAGAUGCCAGAAACACAUUCCUUCUAUCUUGGCCAUCACUGUGGGGCCUUCACAUUGCAGGUUAGAUCAUCCCUGCACGAUCAGCCAAGACAAAUAAAGAAGCAUAGGAUGUACAGUAAGACUGUACAGGCCGACUGGGUUUGACCCUUUAACAUGAAAAUGUUCCUCUGCUCUAUAUAUUGAUAUUUGUACAUAAUGAAUAUAUAUACAACAGACAUGCAUUUCUGCCUUUAGAUCAUUAGAGGUAACGGCUGGUCCUUAGAAAAUAACAAACAAUUAUCAAUAUUAAAGAGCACAGGAAUUUUUUUUCUUCAGGUAAUAAAAAAAAACAUAUAUACACAUAUGCAUAUAAAUUACUUUUUUGCUAUGUUUUAUUACCACAUAUCUUAAACCAUGUAAGCAAUCAAUUGGUUGUUUUGUUCACAAGUUAAUAUAAGUAUACCUGCUGGAAAUAAAUGUAAUAAAAAUAUUGUAUACUUUGUAUUCUAGUGCAAUAUCUUUCUUGAUGUGGUUAUUUUAAAAUAUUUUUCAACAGAUAUAAAAUUGAUUUUUUUUUUCCAAAAAUGUCAAACAUUUAUUUAAACUUUUGCAUCUUAAAACAGACAAGGCAUUUGGAAUUUUAUUUGCACAUUAAUAUACAAUUUUAAGUUACCUCGCAAUUAAAACAAAAACACAAAGCAUUACACAUGUAUGUACAGUUUACACAGUACCUUACUUCAAACUCCCAGUCUUUUUUCCUUUUUUCUGUUUGUGGCAGAUAAUGAUUAUAAAAACACAUCCUGAAGUAAAAUACUGUAUGUACAACUGAA